GUGUCAGUGUUGGAGUUACAGCGCGUCAGGUCAAAUCCAAGUGAAGUGACGUGAAUGGUAGCUCCCGUUACAUUCCUAUGUUAGGUGCUGCAUUUUAAUGGAAUACAAAUAAUUUGAGUGUUUUCAUAUUCAAAUAGUGGGAAAUACAGUUAUUAAAAUAGAGUGAGCAUAAUAAACAAAAGAAAUGUCACAAAAAUAAUAUAUGUAAUCGCAAGAAAUCGAAAAAAUGUGGCUACGUCAUCAUCUCCAAUCUACAAAAAGAAAAGAAAAUAGGAAUAAUAGUUGGUAGACCAUUUUUUUUCGUCUGCUGCUUCACACGUCAAAGGAGAUCGUCUUCGUCAUCCCGGAAAAUAAAUAAAAAUGGGAUAUUUUACGUCAUUCACACCACCACCACCACAAACAAAAAAAUAACAGGCGCACACCGAAGAUCGACUCGACAAUCGACAUCGAACAACUUUGUGCUCUUUUGCUCUUCUAGCACCUUCGUUUAUCUUUAUUUCUGUACUGUUCGCAAUUUGAAUACAUCGAAUUCGAAACGAAUUAAAGAUGGCUGCCGUCGUUCUUUCCGAGUGAAUUCGUGUGUGCAAAUUUGGGAAUUAAAUUCACAAAUAAUUGCCGUGUUAAUUUAGAAUUUUUUACAAAAUUAAAUCCAUUGCGGUAAAUGGAAGUAAAUAUUAAUAUCAAUCAAAAUUGCAGUAACUCAUUGUAAGUGUGCGCGAGAAAGUAAUUUUUCUAAGCAGUGCAGAUGUGGAAUGGAGAAGAAUUCUCGUCAAGAAAAGUGAAAACUUUUUUCUUUCUUUCAUCUGCAGAUGGAUUAACUUUUCUUACAAUUGGAAUACUGAAAAGACCAUAAAACAAAUCUGUAAUAAAUUUUACGUUCUAUUGAAAUAAAUUUCUUAAAAGUUUUUAUUUUCUAUUUUCUGUGGAAAAUUGUGUAAAAGAAAAUUUUUCGUUUUAUAAAAAAAAAAAAAAUAUCCUCAAUAACUAUUUUCCCUAUUCCCUUGUCAGUGUUUAUAUAUAUACUUGUAUAUAUUUAUACCUAUUUUCAUACAACUUAUCCAUACAUAAAUUUUAAAGUAGUGUGCGUUGUUGCGGUCGCAGAGUUGAAGUUGUGUGCGAGAUUUGCGGUGAUGUGUAGUUGUGUUCGAGUUGUGGGUUGUGCUUGUAUGUGACCGACAAUGGGAAAAUUUUUUGAGUAAAAGGAUUUUUCAUCCAAAAUUAAACCAACAACAAAAAUAAAAUAAAGAAGAGAAAAAACAAAAUAAUUUUUUUUAUUAAAAUAAAGAAUAAAGUGCUUAAUAUUUGCUUUUGUAUUUCUUAUUCAAAUACUUAAAAAUAUAAAUUUCCCAUUUAAAUAAAAAAAAGUGAAACUGAACCACAUAUUGCCCGAAUAGAUCGUUUCUUCGUCAUCUUCGUGGUGUGGUCUUUGCCUUUAUCCAAGUCCCCAGAGCCAAGAUAAAGAUAAAAAAGAAACAGUGGAAAACACCGAACCAAAUGAAGAGAGAGAACAUAAAAAAGGAAAAGAAAACGAUAAACCCAAAACGCGUUUUUGAUAUAAUCAGCAGUUUCUUCCUCAUUUUAACUUUGGAAAUGAACAUUGAAACACAACAACAAAAAUUACCGCUUUCGCACACCAAAAAACCUGCGCUGUAUUUUUAACAAAUUAAUUAAUUUUCCAAAUUAGUUGAGAUAUUUUCAGUAAAUUUUUAUACAAACAUACAUAUUUUUGUAUUCGACCUCUAUUCUAUUUUUUUCAUGAAGACAUUAUUAUUUUAUUCAAGUUUAACAAAACUCCCCUUUUGGAGAGAAGUCAUCGAAAUCAAAUUCAAAAACAAGAAAGAAAGAACACAAAAUAUCAUCUAUGAAUCUUAAGAAAGAUCAAUCUUUCUAUUCGUAUUGUGUUCUUGUGCAACAAGAUAAUUGCGAAAAAGUGAAAGGCAUCUUCUAACAAUAAAUAAUAUUUGUCAUCGUCAUUAUUUCUUAUAUACCUACAUAUAACUUUAAGCAAACAUUUAAACAUUAACGUAAAAAGAAAAAUUACGAAAAACAAAAAAAAAAACCCAAAUAUUAACAUUUAAUCGCGUGUAUGAACAAUUAUGUCUGCCACAAUGCGUACAACAUUACAAACCGUGCCAGAAUCUCUACCCGCCGAUCAUGUUACCAAUGGCGGUGCAUCGACACCGACUGCAGCAUCAGCCGCUGCAGUGGUGGCGGCAUCAGCUGCCAUUGCCGCACAACAGCAACAACACAGCACACACAAUAGCAGUAGUUCAGUGCAAUCGAUCAAAGAUAAUCAUCAUCACCAUCAUCACCAUGAUUCGACAAAUGCCAAUAUCAUAGCUCCACCACCGCCAUCCGGAACGGUCUCUACUACAGCAUCAUCGAUGUCCAACAAUGCCACUGCGAUAUUGACCAACUCAAGUGUAGGCGGUGGCGGAAACAACGCCGCACCACAACCACAGCAGCAUCAUGUCAGCAAUAAUUCGGUUACAACCGUAACUUUAGCAGGAGGUGGUGGAACGGCAACCACAAACCAGGCAGCAAUCACAUCUUCAGCAACGUCCGGAUCAGUUUCUUCCGCUACUGCAGCUGGGACAGCCAACAGCAAUAGUAAUAGCGGAGGUGGCAAUACUGCGGUCACUACUGCUGCCCCAACAACCAAUCACCACCAUACAACAUCAGUGACGGCGUCUAGCGGCGGUGGUGGAGGUACUGUUACCGGUAUCAACAAAACCGUUCUACCUCAUUCACAUUCAAAUUCGUCUGCAAUGAAACUGAGGUCAUCAGCAGCUAAGGGUUCACCUAAUAUGCAGAUACGUGGGGGUGUGCCAAUGCGUUGGCGUGCCACCGAGGAGCAUAUUGGAAAAUAUAAGCUGAUUAAGACGAUUGGAAAGGGUAAUUUUGCCAAAGUGAAAUUAGCUAAACAUCUGCCAACUGGUAAAGAAGUGGCCAUUAAAAUCAUAGACAAAACUCAGUUGAAUCCUGGGUCGCUUCAAAAAUUGUUUAGAGAGGUUAGAAUUAUGAAAAUGCUUGAUCAUCCGAACAUUGUUAAAUUAUUCCAAGUUAUUGAAACCGAAAAGACCUUAUAUCUUGUGAUGGAAUACGCAUCUGGUGGCGAAGUAUUCGAUUACCUGGUGCUGCAUGGUCGUAUGAAAGAGAAAGAGGCACGCGUUAAAUUUAGACAAAUUGUAUCGGCCGUACAAUACUGCCACCAAAAGAGAAUUAUCCACAGAGACUUAAAAGCUGAAAAUCUUCUUCUGGAUAGUGAAUUAAAUAUAAAAAUUGCCGACUUUGGUUUUUCGAAUGAAUUCACACCUGGUUCGAAGUUGGAUACCUUCUGCGGUAGUCCACCAUACGCUGCACCAGAAUUGUUUCAGGGAAAAAAAUACGAUGGGCCAGAAGUUGAUGUCUGGUCAUUAGGUGUGAUACUGUAUACUUUGGUUAGUGGUUCAUUGCCAUUUGAUGGUUCAACACUUAGAGAAUUACGAGAGAGGGUUCUCAGAGGCAAAUAUAGAAUUCCCUUCUACAUGUCAACUGACUGUGAAAAUCUCCUACGCAAAUUUCUUGUAUUAAAUCCAGCUAAACGUGCUAGUCUAGAGACUAUCAUGAGUGAUAAAUGGAUGAAUAUGGGUUUUGAGGAUGAGGAACUGAAGCCAUACAUUGAACCUAAACAAGACCUAGCCGAUCCCAAGCGGAUAGAAGCUCUUGUUGCAAUGGGUUACAAUAGGCAAGAAAUUGAAAAUUCGUUGUCACAAGUUCGCUACGAUGAUGUUUUCGCCACAUAUUUGCUUCUAGGAAGAAAAAGCACUGAUCCCGAAAGCGACGGAUCCCGAUCAGGGUCUUCCCUAUCGCUUCGUAAUAUUGCUGGGAAUGAUGGAGCUGCCGUUGGUAAUUCAUCCGUACAGAGUCCAACACAUCGUGGCGUUCAUAGGAGCAUUUCAGCUUCCAGCACGAAGCCAAGUCGGCGCGCCUCAUCUGGCGCUGAGACAUUACGUGUUGGUCCAACAAAUGCAGCGGCAACGGCAACUCCGGCAGGCAAUAAUCAUAGCGGAACUGGAACUGGUACAACAGCAGACCGGUCUUCAAUAAGUAGUAAUUUUAAACGACAAAACACCAUUGAUUCAGCAACAAUAAAAGAAAAUACUGCUCGGUUAGCAGCACAAAAUCAGAGACCCGCAUCAGCAACACAAAAACCAGUUUCAACCGGAGAUAGUUCAGUUACCAGUCCAGCAAAGCCUCGUUCGUCAUCAAAAUAUGAUCCAACAAACGGAAACCGAACAGUCGGCCCAAGCGGUAUGAUACCACGACGAUCAACGACUUUGUACGAAAAGACUUCAUCAACGGAGAAGACCAAUGUUCUACCAACAGAAUCAAAAAUGACAUCGGCUGUUAAAUCUAGCAGGCAUUUCCCAAGGAAUGUACCAUCACGAUCAACCUUCCAUUCGGGCCAAACCAGGCGAAACAAUACCGCUCUAGAAUAUUCAGGAACAGGAGGUGCAACAGGCGAGUCACCACAUCCCGGACGCAUGAGUUUUUUCUCAAAACUAUCAUCACGAUUUAGUAAACGGCCCAGCGAAGGCCAAGCAAAUACAUCCAACAACAGCUUUAGACUUUUUUAUGGUAGUGGAUCAACAACUGAAGAAUCAGCCAAACCAAGAGUUCUGCGUUUCACUUGGUCGAUGAAGACAACAUCUCCUUUAAUGCCUGACCAGAUAAUGCAAAAGAUCCGCGAAGUUCUUGAUCAGAAUAAUUGUGACUACGAACAAAGAGAGAGGUUUGUGUUGUGGUGCGUACAUGGGGAUCCAAAUACAGAUUCUCUGGUACAAUGGGAAAUUGAAGUAUGCAAACUUCCUAGGUUAUCUCUAAAUGGCGUCCGAUUUAAACGCAUAUCGGGUACUAGCAUUGGAUUCAAAAACAUUGCAUCACGCAUAGCAUUUGACCUACGUCUGUGACUCGACCAAACUAAAAAUGAAUCAUCAUCACUUGCAUCAUCGGACGACCAACAAAAUCCCUCGUCCUCGAAUAAUAAUCGCUUCAAAUACGAAUCCAAUGCAACAUCGUCAACUAGAAAGGCCACAUCUUUACUAAAAACUAAGUUAACCGAUACAUUAGUUCAUAGCAGCCUAUCUAAGAACAAAAAGUCAUCUCUUAUUCAACCAAUUAUUGUUACAACUAGCUGCACAAGUAACAUUUCUGGUGCAACAACUUCAAAAAAGCAAAAAAUUCGAUCAAAUUCCGAAUCGGACAAAGUAUCGUUGAAUCUAUCUUCUGGUGAAAGAUUAGACACAGCUAGUAGCUCCAAGAAUAGCAGCAAUCAUAGUCUUCGUGGUCAACCGCUGUCGUUUGAAGAAACUUCUUCAGCAGUUGCCCCUGCUUCUGCUGCUCUUGCCACUAAUGAAGGAAGUGUUAUUAAAGCAUCUGCUCAAGGUAACAGCUCUAAUUCAAAAACAAUUGCAAUACCUGCUACUUCAACUUCCAAUCGCAUUGAUUCGACUAUUCAAUUACUUGAAGAGAUAAUAGACCCAAUUGCCGAAGAAGAAGACGAUGAAAUUGAUAUCGACAAUACAGAAGAGGAUGAUAUUUGCGAUUUGGCCUCUUCAGCUCCAAUGAAGUGCAGUGUUGAUAGCGUUAAGCAGCCAGGAUCAAAUUCUAGUACACCUAGUACAUCAAUUGGACUGACUGCUCUCAAACUCAAUGUCAAAGGCAAAUCAAAAACUUCUAGCGAUAAUAAACAAAUCAAGAUGAAUACAAGCAAGAGUUUGAAUGACAACUCAAUAAUUAUAAAUAUGAGCAAGACUAAAGCAAAAUCAGCUGCACGGGCACCAAUUGCACCAGAAAAAAGUAGAUCUAAUGUUCUCUUGGGCAGAAAGUGCAUCAAAGUAUUGGCCACAAAAACAAUUUCAAACGAAGAGUCACCAACAGACACAACCGAAUCAAAACCACCAACAGAAACAGAAACUCCAGAAACGGAAUCGUGCACUACAAGUGGAAACAGUAGAAAAGAAACUGGCAGUAAAUUAGGAUACAACAACUUGAUAGCAUCACUCUUACGCACAACAACGCUUUAAAGAACUGAAAUCAAAAUAUUUGAAAAUAUUUGUUAAAAUUGUAUGAAAAAUUGUUGUUGUUUACCUACUCAUUUAGCUCAUUUGCUAAGGACAGACAAACAAAAUCUCAGAGCUUACCCCAACAUUAUAUAUUUGUUUAUAAAUCAGUUAAACAAAAGGCCGCACAAAAAAUUAUAGUUAUUGUAUUUGAAUGAUAUAUAUAUAUAUAUAAUAAUUUGCUUGUACAUUGUAGCAAGCAAAAAUUUAAUACACAAAAAGUUAAAAUUAUAUGUAUAUUGAGAAAAUCUAUGAAGGUCCGAUGCAUGCAUAACGGUGAUUAUGUGAAUAACCAGGUUUACAACGGUAUACAUGUUUUCGGAUAAUGGCACUAGCUCAAAAUCAAUAGAUAAAUAAGAAAAGUUCUUGAAUUUUUGAAAUAUAUUUUCCAUGGUUAGUGUUAUGAGCAAAUAUAAAAAAAAGCAAUUUCAUCACUUUGGUACAAAGUUUUAUUUUCUUUGUUACCUUGAAUAACUGGACAAAACUCUCUACGCCUAACUUUUUUUAUUUCAAAUAAAUUAGGUGCGUUCUUUAUACCAGCAGCUAGGGUAUCAACUUUUCGUCUAAUCGUUUUAUGCCAAACUCUUAGAUAUUUGCAUAACACAAUAAUCUUUAUUUAUUGUGCAAUGAAUCACCUGAUUCUGAAUCAAUCUUAAAAAAUAUCGAUGCAAGUCACAAUACAAUUUAUCAACAGAAUGUUCACACUUCAAAAAAAAAUAGUAUUUUUUCUAAAGUCAAAACUGUAUGUUUAAUUAUGAAAAGUAUAAUCGGUGAAAUUUUCUUUUAAGGAAAUUGGCUGCGAUUUAUCCGUGAUGAAAAUACAUCACUUUUUUUUACAAAACUUUUCGAAUAUCAGUAAAAAUCCAUAAACUAAGCACUUCGAAAACAUUGAACACCCCUCAUCUUCCCGAAACUCAUUAUAUACAUAUGUACAUAAAUGUGGUCUGUUGUUAUUAAAAUAGGUUGUAGGGCUCUUGUGUCUCUAUAGAUUCUAUUAAGCAGUUGAGAAUCAGGUUCAUCAUAGCACUUUGAUAGCAAAUAUACAAAUAAAUAAAUCGGAAGUUCAUACCACAGUUUUGCAUUGCAAACAAAAGUUAUUUGAUGAAAAUCAUUUAAUAUUUGUGUAGAAAAAAAAUACCAUCGGCUGCCCUAGUAUAUCAAAAAAAUCAUUUAAAUUAAUAUAAAAGUGAUAAACUCUUUCAAUCAGUUAAUAAAAUAGGUCAUUUAAAUUCAGUUUUGUAUUGUUUUCUAAAAUAACAUAAUCAGAUUCACACACCACAUAAACAUUGAAUAUUCGAUGCUUAAAAUUUAAAAUAUAUAUAUUUACAUUAUGUUCUCAUUUUAAUUAAUAUGUAUUUAUAUAAUUAUGGUAUACAUAUGUAUUUAGGAAUAAUUUAAUUUCGUCCCUUGCUUGUAUUUGUUUUUUUUUUCAAUCAACCCUAGAAAAACAGGAAAUAAUCUCAAAGUUUUAUUUAAACAUAAAAAUAUUAAAUAGUUUAGUAAAAUAAAAUGAUUCAAAUUCUUAACAGCAAGAAGUAAUAAUAUUAAAUUUUAAGUAAACUCAUAAAAAAUACUUUAAUUAUUUUACUGUAGAAAUUAGUUACAAGUAUGUAAUCUUAUCGCAACACAAUAAUGCACUCUAUAUUGGUAAACACAAAUGUCUACUGUUAUUAAUUAUUAUAUAUUAUUAUCUAUAUAAAACAAAAGAAAAACCUUAUACAUGCAUACGUUAGCCUUGUGUUUAGUUUUUUGUUUCUUUAUUUUAUUUUAAGAUAAAUUUAAAUUAUGUUUUGAAUACAAUAUAUAUACUUUAAUAUCAUUACUAUGAUACGAAAAAAGAGAUGUACUAAAUGGAUUCUUAAAGUGAUUAUAAAUAUUGCAUAAAUGAUGAUGUAUGUAAAAAGAAUUGUAUUUACUAAAGAAUUUAAAUAUUAUA